AUGGACAGGGGAUGGUACCCAACAUACUACCUACACCUUGAUAAUGAUAAGAAGGUUUUUUUAUUAGCUGGAAGAAAACGGAAGAAGAGUAAGACCUCCAACUACUUAAUUUCUAUUGAUGCCACAGAUCUAUCACGAGGAGGGGAGAAUUUCAUUGGGAAGCUAAGAUCUAACCUGAUGGGUACAAAAUUUACUGUGUUUGACAAUGGUGCAAACCCAGAAAGAGCCAAUUCUGACUGGUCCAAUGUGCGGCAGGAGCUUGCAGCAGUUGUUUAUGAAACAAAUGUUUUGGGUUUUAAAGGUCCAAGAAAAAUGACAGUGUUAAUACCAGGAAUGGAUGAAGAAUGUGAAAGGGUGCCCAUUCGACCACGCAAUGACAGUGAUGGGCUACUGCAGCGAUGGCAGAGCAAGAACAUGGAGAAUGUAAUUGAACUCCACAAUAAGAGCCCUGUGUGGAAUGAGGAAACACAAUCCUAUGUGCUCAACUUUCAUGGACGUGUUACCCACCCUUCUAUCAAGAAUUUUCAGAUUGUCCAUUCUGAUGAUCUUGAUUAUAUAAUCAUGCAGUUUGGUCGCGUAGCUGACGAUGCAUUCACAAUGGACUACAAGUACCCCAUGUGUGCAGUUCAAGCUUUUGCUAUUGCGCUAUCCAGUUUUGAUGGAAAAUUAGCAUGUGAAUGA